AUGGACCAAGUGCUGGAACUUGCCACACUAGAAGUUGCUUUGGAAGGCUUGAGAGGAUGCUCGUUGGAUCGGUUAAUAAAUCUGAUGCAAGAGUAUCAUCCCGAUAUUAUCAUGGAUGAGGAUAUGCAAAGGGCUUUGUGGAUGAACCUAAUUAGAAGCCCAAAACUGUUAAUUUAUCGUGUCUCCGAGAAUGCUUUGUCCGAUGAAACAACGAAAGAGGUUUCUGCUCCAUCAACGUCUAAAACUCAAAAAAACAAAAAAGCGCCUUUAAAAAAUGAUUACCAGUAUACAAUUGAAGGAUUUGCAGAAUAUGCAGAAAGCAAGAACGGUUUUGAUAAAAGAUUUUCAAAAAAACGAGAAUUAAUACAAGACUCUAAUUGCAUAAAUCAGCCAUCAGACACGUCAUUUACUGCUAGUAGUUAUUCUGACAUUUGUUUGGUAGCCAAUUUUGAGUAUAGAAAGUAUGCUUUGGGGAUGGAUGUUAGAUCUGACGUGGAAAUUAGCGAAAUUCAAUUUUGCUUGUUAGAAGAAGUUGGAAGAUCUAGAUACACAGGAAAAUACCAAAGUGACCUUACCAAGUAUUUAAAUAUUGAUUCAAGAUCUACUCUAUAUCACUUAAAGCGAUUAUAUGGUCUCAAUUUGAUGUUUAAAAAGUCUGCAUACGAUCCACGAUUGAAAACAACAUCUAACUUGAUAAGGUUAUUCAGAUUUGCCGAUACUAUGAAGCAACAACUUUUUGUCAAAAAAACGAAUGAAGUGGUUCAAGCAGAGGGCAUGUUUGAAAAAUUUACACAGGUAAAGGAUUCUAUUGUGGAUACUGUGGUGGGCAUGUUAAAAAGAGCCAAGGGAAAUAUUCUAAUUGAUUAUGAGAUUCGAAAAAAGCUAUUAGAUUUCAUUGAAGACGACACAACUCAAAAGCACAAAUGGGACAGAUUAAAAGGCAUUUUACAGUCCAGCGGAAAAGUAGAAUAUUUCAAAGCAAUGGUAGACAAUAGAUUGACUUACUGUGUUAGAUUAGUGAAUAACUCUCAAAAUUUAACAAACAAAUUGUCGGUUGGUCAAUUGGAUUUGACAGAGGAUGAACGCCUUCUUACUCCUGGAUUUGAAAUGGAGAGACCUCAACUUUAUCAAAUGUUUGAUUACAUCGGAAAGAUGGGAGGCAAGAAUGGUUUGAUUCAUAAUGAAAUUUAUCAACAUUUCAUGAUGACUGCAAAAAUUAGUGGAAACUUGUGCAAUGAUUUGAGAAAAGAAUUUGGCGUUUCCUCUGUUGCAGAAAAAUCAGAAAAACAAAUGACAUACAGAUUUUCUGUGCCUUAUUCAUCAGAGGAUAUAGCCCAUGAUACAACAUCUACAACUGACCAUAUAACUACUCAAGAUGCUGAGACAGAGCCACAAGUAUUGUUCCCUACUAGAUUGAGCAUUACUAACAAACCUAGGAAGAAAAAUCAAAGAGAUAAAAUGGAAGAAGAAACAACCUCAGAUCACAGCGAAACAAGCUCUCAGAGUGAUGAAGAUAUAGAUGAGACCGAGACUCAGUCUUCAACAUCAGAAAACAUCACUGCACCUGUUCCUACAAACUAUUAUCGAACUAACAGCAAAACCAAAGGUCCAAGAAAGGAAGUAAUUACCAAAGAAUUCUCGGAUAGAUGUAAAUUAGCUCUUGAUUUUAUCAAAGAAAAGAAAUGUGUUGCUCGUUUUCAGUUGAUAGAACACUUUAAACAAAACAACACAACUUAUGAAAGUAAGAGCAUGACAAGAUUGAUACGCUACCUUGAAAAUAACAAGUUGGCAAAGAAGAUUCACAUCACAGUCCCAAAUCUUUUUGGAACAACUACAAAAGAGCAUAUCUGUUUGAUAGACUAUUCUCUUGAUCUUCAGUCUGAUGUUGUUCAAGAAUUUACCAAGAGUCUUUAUUCAAGCGAGGUUCAAACUAAUUCUAAAGAAAAAGUCGAUAGAAGUACAUUAGAGUCGCUUCAAGCAAUCGACCAUAUUGAGCCAAAAAAGACACCAAAAAGAUCUUUGAAUACCUCUUCGUUCCACUUAUUAUUGAACGGCUAUAUUAAUGCCAAAAUGGUCAGAGUGAAAGUAUUCCACAAAUACUUAUGGAAACAAGCAUUGACUGGAGCAAUUAACUGUGAAAGACUGCGCCUGUUUGACAUUUAUAAGAAUAUGAGUGUAUUAUUAUUUUGUGAACUAGUUGGUUGUAUUAGCAGCGUUGUUGUUACCCCUGAGAAUAAGGAAAUGCUGAAAAAUACUACCAUUGAUAAUGCUCAAGAAGAUAUCAAAAAAGCAAUAGAGUCGUCUGUUGUGGGAAGGCGUUCAGUAGCUCUCUCUAGGGUAGAACAAUUUAUUGACAUCCUCAACAAGUUGGGAUUAGUAGAGAUUUUACCUGAGGAAUCAGCAUCAAAGGUAUUCAAUCUUGUGAAGACUGUAGAGUUUCCAUUUCCACAACAGUUUCCUUCAACCGAAUACAGAAAAGUUACAUUUAAUACGUUAGAAGAUAUCGAUGAAUAUUGGGACGACCUCGAGAUGUGCAGCAUAAAUAUUGAAAAUAUUAGAAAUGAAACAACUGAUAGUGACGACGAGCAAAAAACGGAAGAAACGUCAAUCUUCUCAAAAAUACCUGACCUUGGAAAAAGAACUAGCUGGUCAGAAUUGCGCCAUUUUACAGUACGCCACCUGAGAAUAUUGGAAUCCUUCUACAAGGAUAAUAAGCACCCUUCUCCAGAGGAGUGUUCCAGCAUUGCAAAACAAUUAAGACAUCCUGUAGAACAAGUUAUUCUUUAUUUCUAUAGGUAUAGAACAGAAAUCUUGACAAAUAGAAUUGAUGGAGAUUCAUCGAUCAGAAAUUCAAGAAAACGAAGAAGUACCAAGAACAAUGAUUUUAUUGUCAAUGAUGAUGAGAUUGAAUACGAGGAGGAACAAACAAGCAACGAAGAUGAUACAAAGGAUAAACAAGAAAAAACAGGACCAACCGCGAAACGUCUCGGAUACGUAUCUAGACUAUUUAUCGAUAAAGCAUCAGAAACAGUUAAAUGGAGAAAAAAAAAGAACAAACCCAAAGAAAAGACACUGCCAACUAGAGACCAGAAAUGGACUACUGAACAGGAUUUGAAAUUACUUGAAGGUUUGUCAAAAAUUAGAGAACUUGAUCCUGCUACUGGAACCUUUUUAGCUAAGCCAAUUAAAUGGCAACAGUUGGCUGACUCUAUUGGCGGAGGUAUGACAGCAAAUAGAUGUAGACUAAGAUGGACUAAUGUUCUAAGGAAGCUGCCUUGGUGUCGUCGUGCGCUUGAACUAGCCGUAGGUCAUAGAGAAUUGAUGAAAAACAAUCCAAAUAUUGAAAAUAUAUCUAUAACAGAUCUUGUUCAAAGCUGUAAAGACCAAUAUAAGAUGGGAUCAAACGCAUCCCAAAACCCCUUGAUGAAUUUUGAGCUUCCAAAACAUAUCGAAGAUGUAAAUAGACAUUUUAAGAUUAUUAGAUUUGAAGGGAUCAAAAACGAGGACUUAUGUUCGACAGAUAUUUCCGAAUGUGAUGCAUCCUUAGAGAGUCAGUUAAGAAAUGCGUCCUUACAAAAUCUUUUCAAGAUUAUUCUGUUGACACCGGACGAAUGUUAUGACGUAAAGUUGGCAAACAGACUCGUAAAGCGAUUCAGGCCCAAAGAAAUAAGUCAAUGUUUCUUAACCCUUCGAAAUAAGUCAAUAAUUUCAAAGUCAAAGCGAGGCCUCCGUAUGAAAGGAUAUCAUCUUAAUGUUAACUUUUCAGCAAGAAUGACUUCUAGCCAUUUUCCACCAGAAGUUUUUGAAGAUGCACCAAAAUUUAGAAAAGCAGCAUUGAUGCUUGAUAUGGAGGAGGAUUCUGAGAACGAGGACGAAUAUGAGACUAAGCAGGUAAUUUAUUCAAAAGACGGGCCUUGUUUCAAUCCACAGGCAUCUGGAGGGUCUGUUGCAGCAUGUAUGAGUCUAGUGAUACUCAAAGAGAUAAAACUAAUUCCACAGGUAACACCUUUAACAGAUGAGGAACGAAAUCAAGCAGGCAGGAGUGAUAAAGAACUGGACGAGGAUGAUGGAGGAGGAGUAAGCAAUCACCUACUAAGGGUUGGUGCCAUCAGACAUGGCGAACACGACUCACAUUUUAUUGCUGAGGGAACUAACAUUAGGAGCUCACAAGGAGCUUUGCAAAUGCCAGAAUGGAAUAUCAGCAUUGCUUCUGUGAUGGAGGCCGACCUUUUUAACACGCUUGGAGAGGAACACCAAACGUUAGCCAAGAGAACAAUUGCUGAAUAUGGCACAGUUAUGUCAGAUAUCGAAUACUCAAUUGAACUUUCUGGUCAGAAUAAGAGAAAGCUGGACGAUUUCUUAGCGGAUGACAAUCAGGAAGAAGAAAUUCUUUCAAAAAAACAAAAAGAUGAUCACCCUCCAACCGAAUCCGAAAUUUCUGCAUAUUUUCAAACCUUUGCAGCUCAGAAGUCUCUACCACGAGAAUUUUCUGAACAAGAUAUUCAUUUGCUUGAAAAUCUUGAAUGUCAAGAAUUGAAACCCAUUGUAGAGUAUUUAUUAUUGACCAAGCAUGAAAAUUGUGCAUUCUGGAUUGACUCGAUCAUUUCUGUGUAUAAGUUUAUCGCCGCAAAGACAAACAUAGGAGCCUCUAUGAAUGAACUGCAACAAGAAUUUUCAUCAUUAUUUGACUCUGAUGAUGAAGUCGAGUUUUCUCUACAAGAGAUAAUUCAACAGUUGAUUAAUUUUGAUUGUGUUAUGGAAAUUAAUUCGGAAAAAGAAUCAAGGUUUAUGACUUCACGGGAGGCUAAAUUACAUACCAUUCCAUACCAUGACAAUGGUGUGAUGUUACACAGACCAAUCUCUGUAUUUCUUCAACUGAAUGGCGAGCUUAACGAAAGCUUGUUACAAAACUUUAAAAGGUGUCUUGUUUCAAGAAUAAUGAGACAUCCUGGCAUCUUGGAAAAAACUCUCAUCUCUUCCGUUGGAGUAAUUUCAGCACAUGAUAUCAGAACAGUCUUAAAGAUGCUUGAAUCAGAAAACAUUAUCACUUCGACCUAUUUCCAAACAUCAUCCAAGCACAACCUUGCAUCAAAAAACACCUUAUUUAUGACUGAAGAAGAAAUAGAAGAACAUUAUUCGGAGCCUCGAUAUGAGAGAGCACUUUUUGUCACUCCACGCUAUGUUUUCCUUUCUCAAUAA